ACUCUUUAUUUAAUUAACUACUAAUAUUAUUAUAAUGUAAUAUAAGAGAGCUUGUGUGUGUAUAAAUACACAUAACAAGUCGUUCUCGAGGUCUCCCAAUCUGAAUCUCUGAUUGGAAGAAGAAGAAGAAGAAGGUUUCCUUUGUUCAAGAAUUCAGUAAACAAUUUAAAAAAUGGCAUCAUGGAAGAAAACAAUAGCAUCACCAUUCAAGAAGGCAGCAACAUUCUUCAACCAACCACAGCAAUCACCACAAAAGGGUGGCCGCGGUGGAAGAAUGGAUGCAAAAGCGAGGGAAGAGCACGAGAGGAGGAUGGUACAAGAGCUUCAAGGAGAAGUCAUGGCUUGUGGUUACGAUGAUGUUCUCGUCAUGUGGUCUAUUCUCGACAAAUCUAACUCCUCCAAUAACCUCACUUCUUCUUAACCCCAAACCAACCAAACAAAAAUGGUUUUCUUUUUGUACAUAUAUUAAAAGUGGUACUAGCCCUACACAACAGCCACCUCCUUCUCUUCCUUCUUUUCUUUACUUCUUCUCGAUCAUGGCUUAAGGUCUAGUGGGUUUUUUCUCGACGAAUUAUCGUCCAGAAUAUGGAGAUGUUACUCUCUUCUUUUUUUCUCUUUUGAUAAUCCACGUGAUUAUGUUACGGUGGGAUUUUUUUUAUUUCUGGAGAGAAAAAAUAUAUUUCUUGAGUUCUAUAUCAUUUGUAUGAGAUGAUUAGCAUUAAUUGUUUAAGAACUCAAGAACUAGUUCUCCAUAAUGUAAAAGCCAUGUAUUGACCAAAGUUGUACAUGUGUUAAAUUAUUAA